UUCUGCAUUUCAGCACAUUGUGUCUCUGCUUAUGGACAUUUAGUAAGUUGUGGACAUACGUUAUUAAAAUGCUCUUGUGUUUUUAUCUUCUUCUCCACAUCACUGAAGGCUGCUGGCUGGAAGGAAAUGAAGGCUUAAUAAGAAUCACUGCAUACACAGGAGACUCAGUACUGCUGCCCUGCUCCUGCACUGACCUCCAAACCACACCUGAGACAUUCACAUGGGAGAGAUACACAACAUAUGCAUAUAAAUGGGUAAAGAUAUCUCCUGAGAGUGAGCAGUACAAAGAGAGAUUUCAGCUGGUUAAUGAUCGCUCUUCAGGAAAUCUCUCUCUGCUCAUAUCACACCUGACUGAAGAGGAUGGAGGAGAUUACAGGUGUAGUGUUAAAGGGAGUCAAUACAGAGACAUCAAACUCACUGUUAAAGGUUGCACACUGAAUCAACCGACAGAGACUGUGACUGGAUACGUGGGACAGUCUGUCCUUCUGCCCUGCUCCUGCUCUGAACUACAAGCCAAACCACAAGCUUUCACAUGGAGAUUUUCUAAAGAAUCUGGUUACAAAGAAAUCUUCCCAAAGGACCAGACAAAUCUCUACACAGACAGAGUUCAGCUCUUUAAUGAUCAUCUUCCAGGAAAUCUCUCUCUACUGGUAUCACACCUGACUGUAGAGGAUGGAGGAGAUUACAGGUGUAGGAUCAGGUACAGAAUCUACAGAGACAUCCGUCUCACAGUAAGAGAUGCACCAGUGACCAGAACAACUUCACCUCAUUCCAAACCAGAUCCUCAACACAUCUACAUCAGCGUUGGUGUUGUGAUGGCUCUGUUGCUGCUGCUGAUCUUCGGAGGAGUCAUGUACUGGAAACACAUUGAACAGAGACGUAGACAGACUGAGAUCAGUGAUGGACAAACAGGACAGCAGACACAGCAGAAGAAGAAGAACUUUACCGAACCUAUGAACUUGAUCACAACAUCAGAACCCACUUAUGAAUCAGUACACACACAGAAUGAUUCUGUUGUGCCGUACACAGCUAUAAACCCACAAUCUCAACGCAACAAUGUGGAAGAAAAGGAUGAUGUGACGUACUUGACUGUAGUCCACGGCAACACUGUGAGAGCAGCACACACUCAACAGGCAUCAGGAGAUACGACAGUAUAUGCCAGCAUCAAAACUAAUUAAGUAACACACACACACACACACGAGUAUAUCUGUGAGGCAUUUCCAUUGACUUGUUCGUUGUUGUAGCAAAAUGAUUCAACACUUACACAAUUUUUUUAUUUUAUGUUUUUAUGAAAUAUUGUUUAAAAUUAUUUUGAACUAAUAUUAAUUUAUUGUGAUUAACAACAACAAUA